CCAUGGACCAGUACCCAUCGUCUUUGGUCGAUACUUCUUUAGAUCUCACUAUUGGUGUUACGCGUAUGCGAGUUGAAGAAGAUUCCACGACAACUGCUUUAGUGGAUGAAUUAAACCGAAUGAAUGCUGAGAACAAGAAGCUCUCAGAGAUGCUAACUUUGAUGUGUGACAAGUACAACGUAUUGAGGGAACAGCUUAUGGAAUAUGUUAACAAUACCGAGAGAGACCAAGUCAGUCCUCCCAAGAAACGCAAAUCUCCAGCGAGAGAUGACGCAAAUAGUUCGGCGGUGGUCGGUGGAGUGUCGGAGAGUAGCUCAACGGAUCAGGAUGAUCAGUAUCUGUGUAAGAAGCAAAGAGAAGAGACUGUUGUGAAGGAGAAAGUCUCAAGGGUUUAUUACAAGACCGAAGCUUCUGACACUACCCUUGUUGUGAAAGAUGGGUAUCAAUGGAGGAAGUAUGGACAGAAAGUGACUAGAGAUAAUCCAUCUCCAAGAGCUUACUUCAAAUGUGCUUGUGCUCCAAGCUGUUCUGUCAAAAAGAAGGUUCAAAGAAGUGUGGAGGAUCAAUCAGUGUUGGUAGCAACUUAUGAGGGUGAACAUAACCAUCCAAUGCCAUCACAAAUCGAUUCAAACAGUGGCCUAAACCGUUCUCCUGGUGCUGCCAACAGAAGUAGGAGCUUGGCUGAGCCUGUGACUACCAUUGAUCUGACUGAAACCAAGAAAGUGACAAGCCCAUCAAGAGUAGAUUUUCCAGAAGUUCAGAAACUUUUGGUGGAGCAAAUGGCGUCUUCCUUGACAAAAGAUCCUAACUUCACAGCAGCAUUAGCAGCAGCUGUUACCGGGAAACUGUACCAACAGAAUCAAACCGACAAGUAGCUUAGCUUCAAAUUCUAUUAAGUGUUUUUUUUAGAUUGAACUUGGCAUAUGUGAGAGA